AUGAUUGCAACAAAUUCGGCGGGAUUCCUCAUUUACGAGGGAGUUAUGCCUCUGUUGAAGACCUACAUUGCUAUAUUCAUCGGCUACAUUGUUGCCCGGACGGGUUUGUUUCCUCCUGCGGCAUCCCGAAGCUCUUCCCAGUUGACUAUGAAUGUCGCAUUACCUUGCCUUAUCUUCUCCAAUAUCGUGCCAGCCUUCACGCCGUCGAACAUAUCCGCUAUCGGUCCGCUGAUGUUAUUGGCUGUGAUAUACAUUCUUGUGGGCUUUGCAUCGGGGCUGAUAAUCAGAGAAAUAUGUUUCGUACCGAGGAACUUCUGGCAAGGAAUCAUAAUUGCUGCCGGGAUGAGCAAUUGGGGAAAUUUGCCAACAUCCGUCGUUCAAUCUGUCACUGCGCACGCGCCGUUCAACGGAACCACAGACGUUGAACUCGGUGUUUCCUUUGUCUCCAUAUUCAUCAUGGUCUACCACAUAUUCUUCUGGGUCUUUGGUGCCGCCGCGUCUCUUCAAUGGGACUUCCUUCCGGAUGUCCCACAGGGAGAAGAAGCAAUGAGACGAGUGAAAUGGAAUGAGAAGCCUAUCGGCGGAUUUCUCUACCGAUGGCUCUACCAACAAACGCAGGAGGAAGAAAGAAGACUAAAAUCUGCGGCAUUCUUUGGGAAGAUGAAAGGAUUCAUUGGGAAUAAAGAAAAUUUAGGAUCAAAGAGCCGUAAUUCUUUGGAGCAAGAAAAAAUUGAAGAGGACAUAUCUUCUUUCCCAGAAAUGUUAGAGGCAGGUACCGCUAGGAUUCAGCAGCAAAGCAUAGAUCCCGACGUUCAGCUCGCCCGUAGAGUUUCCAAAAUAUCCGCACAACUACCCCAGCACCAAUCCCAAUUUAAUCCCGCGUCCGCUUCACGUACACACUCACAUAAUUGCUCAGAAACGACUUUACCGCUAGAAGAAAAUCUAGAUGGCACAGUCACACAUAAUACCUCAAAAUGGGAACGUCUCUUCCCCUCGCGGUUCGCCAAAGCCAUUAAAUCAAUUUCGGUUAUUAUCACGCCAGUGACCAUUACUCUGGCAAUUUCCCUUCCCGUUUCAGUGAUUCAGCCAUUGAAGGCCCUGUUUACGGAUGCCACAGCCAGCGGAGGACCCGAUUGGACUGGACCAGAUGGCAGUCCCCCGUUAAAUUUUAUCAUGGAUACUGCGACAUUCGUUGGGGGACUGUGUAUUCCAUUGUCGCUCAUUAUCCUCGGAGCGUCUUUUGCUCGUAUGAGCAUUCCAAAACGCUUAAGCACUUUACCGAUACCAGCAAUGAUAAUGGUCACAUUGUCAAAGGAGGUUCUGGUCCCCGUUGUUGGUAUCUUCCUCACACAAACAUUCGUGAACAAAGGUUUAAUACCUAAAGAUAAUCUCGCACAGCGAUUUGUGGCUAUCUUUCUUAGUGGAACACCGACCGCUGUCAAGAAAAACAGUCAGUUGGUUGUCGCAAAUCUGUAUGCUCCCGAAGGAGGCAUGGAUACAUUGACAGCAUUCCUGGUGGUGGAAUAUACUUUCAUGUUCAUCUCCUCGACGUGA